AUGACGAGUGCAUCGACAACUGAUGAGACCAAUCCUCGCCUACCGAGAUGGGGAGGUGACUGGACACAGUUUCGAGGAUAUGAACAACGAGUGAGUUUGGAAAUUGACUCAACCAGAUCAGAUGAACUGACCUUGUUAGGACCACGACUAGCAAAGAAUCUCUAUGACAAAGGUUGGGAAAUGAUUGAAGACAUUGAUCGUACCAAGCUCAAGGAAGAAGAUGGAGCCAAGUACUUGCUGAAGUUCUUGGGUGAACAACGAGGACGUGACAAAGUGGACUUACUGGGAGAUGCAAUGAAAGACCUUCUCAUGAAGCAGGAUGUGAUCCGGAAAGAAGGAGAAGAAUUUGCAGAAUACUAUCCUCGUUUCAGGAUUUACACCAAGGCUGUGGAAGCAGCGUUGAAGGAACUGUCAGCUGAGAAAAGCAUGCCAGCUGAGUUCUAUGGUUGGUAUCUUCUGAACCUGGGAAUGCGGCUUGAGCCAUCAGACAUUGCCGUCAUCAAGGCCCAUGCGAAGACAUACAGAAUUGAGGACAUUGAGGGAGCCAUCAAGAAGAUGUGGUCAGGUGGUGGACUUUCGUUGAAAGAUCAAGAACGCAAGAAGUGGAAGGGCCUCAGAAAGUCAUAUGUCGUGCAAGAUGAACCAUCUCUGCCAGGAAUCUACGAGGUGGAAGAGGACACACCAUGGAUGAAGAUGAUGAAGACUACAAGGUGGAAGAGACAUUGCGUGGAUGCUAUGAUGAUGAAUCCAGAAGAACAGAAAGAUUGCGUCGAAAGAUGUUGGCAAAGAAAGAAGAUGCAGUACAAGGAAGCUCGAAAGAUGUUGGCAAAGACAAGAGUUUCCCGGGAGUUCUAUCCAGUCCGGACCAAAGGUGGACAAAAGGACUGGGGUGAGAGAAAGGGGAACAAAAGUGAAAGCCAAUACUUCGAUGGAGACUGCAUGCGAUGUGGCAAACAUGGACAUAAAGCCCGAAACUGUCCGCAGAAGUUUGAGAAGAGUGCAACCAGCAGCAAAACUGGAACCGUGAACUAUGCUCUGGCAUGUGAGAAAAGUGUGCUUCCAGCUUUUGUGACUUUUACUCCGAACAGCACUCAUGAGCCCAUUUACGCAGUCACAAAAGGAGACACACAGUUUCAUGGCAUAGUGGACUCUGGCGCAUCGGAGAGCAUCAUUGGUGUUGACACGUUGCAGGAACUGUUCGAAGUCUAUGAUGCUUUGGGUUUUGAUCCAAGAGCCGAGAUCAAAGUAGAUCGCACCCUCAAGAAGACCUUCAUGUUCGGCAACAGUGCAGUAAGUGAAGCAAUUGGGCUAGCUCAACUGACAGUUGGCUUGUUUGGAACUGAACAUGUCAUUGAUGUGCAUGUGGUGGAUGGCAGCGCACCCCUCCUGUUGUCAUCAAAAUUUCUGUAUCAAAUGGAAAUGACAGUAGACUUCAAGAGUGGAGCGGCAUGGCUGCCAGAUCGGAAAAAGAUCCAACUGGAAAGAGCACCCAGCUAUCACCUCAUGCUGCCAAUUUUGAACUUUCGACCAGAGAAUCAUGAAGGUGAAGAUGAGUCAUUAACAUCGAGUACUGAAGGGCAAGAAUGUACAGAUCCGUCAAAAGGUUUUGACAUGGCCAUUGGAAGACAGUAUGAUCUCAUCGAGGUUUGUUUUCAGAACCUGAAUCAGCGAACCCCAGCGCAGUGUGCAGAGCUCGGCCAGAAACGUGAACACAGUCGCAAGAUGCUCAAGAAUCUAAAGAAGUUGGCUGAGAUCCAGAUCAAAGAGUUGGAGGGUGAGCUGAGUGGUGAACAACCGUGGACAGCCCUGUCCUGGAAAGAGAAACCUGUUGAACAGUUGGUCAAGAUGACGGGUGGUCGUUUUCGUGUUGACGGGUGUCGUUUUGGUUUGAAACAUCCUGACAGUGGUUUGUUGCUUCAAAAGGGAUGGGGCUUUUUUGCGACUUUGCCUGAGCUGCGUCAGAAAUUGGCCAGAACGUGCAAUCAUCCUGCUGCCAUGCAUGAUGGAACUGUGACACACAUUGUUGGUGUGAGCUAUCUUGAUGAAGCCACGGACUUACAUGUUGCGAGCGUGGUUCGAAAAGACGUCCGCAUGCCACCUUCCGUGAACACUGAGAACUCGAUCGUGUUGCAAGCCAGCCCGAUGACCGACUUGGCGAGCCGUAUCAAGAUGGUGCAGACCCAUCGUGUGGAAGACAAGAUCGACUACAAGAAGGUCACUCUCGAGCAGAUGGAAGAGAUGAAACUCAAGAAAGGCAAGUACGAGGGCGAGAUGUUCAAGAGCAUCUGGGACCGGGAGCCAGGGUACUGCGUAUGGUGCGCAGGGCAUCUCAAAGCCGAAGAUCCAAUGUGGAAGCCAUUUCUCCAUUACCUCAAGAUGAAAACCGAGAGCCUCGAGAAGACGACCAGCAAAGCAGCACCAUCCGACCCGGACAAGGAGGUCAAGAAGCUGGCCGAUAUGAACCGAUUCGUGGAGGAGUUCGGGACAGAACCAGACGCAGACUGGGAUGCAGUCAGCCAUAUGAGCGAGAAGAUGAUCGGGGACAUGAAGGAGAUGAAGGAGAAGGAAGAGAAUCGAGACCAGGUCAUGUUCCAGAUGAUGCAGAACAUGAACCAGAUCAUGGGUCGUCUUCAGGAUCUGGAAUCCGCCACCACGGAGAUCGUGAAACACAUGAAUCCGAACAAGUGA